AUGCAGGAAGAGGAUACUGAGACGGUGCAGGCGGAGGAGAAGAGAGGAUGCAGAAGGAGGAGACUUGAAACGAUGCAAGAGGAGGAGAAUGAGAUGAUUCCAAACACGGAGAAUGAGAGGUCACCGAAGGAGGAGAAGGAAGAGGAGAUAGGGAAUACCUGCUCCACCACCUGCCCGUCCUCGCGCCGCUCGAAGGCCUCUGAGCGCGCCUCGGCGCAGAAGGAGAUGGCGUCGCCGGCCGCCACGGCCUUGGCCACGGCCUCGGCCAGCGCGUUGGCCGCCUGCGGCACCGCGUCGUCCACGCUGCCCCGGUGCGCCAGCGCAGACGCCGCCGCCGCCGCCGCCGCAGCGCCGCGCCGCCUGCGCCUGCGCCUCCAGCUGGCCUCCAGCUGGGCCUGCGCUGGGCCUGCGCCGGGCCUGCGCCUGCCGGCCUUGGGCUUGGCUUGGGCCUGGCCUGCGCCAGCCGCCUCGGGCCGCUGCGUUGCCGUAAAAACUGGAUCUCGAGCAAAUGGUUCUGUACGUAAUAAUGGUCAUAUUGAUGAACGCGCCUUGGCGGCGGCGGAGGAGGCGGAGAGCAGGCUCUCGCUGGACGACACGCUGCUGCUGCUCACCGACUCCAUCACGCUGGACGAGCUGAAGGAGCUGCUCUGCACCACCGUGGAGCUCUGCACCACGGAGCGGCUGCUGGCGUCGACGCGCGUGUUUUGGCUGGCGCGCACCUCGUGCGAGCUCUCGCUCUGCACCUCCGAGCUGCUCUUCUCGGAACAGUUUCCAAGAGCAAGUGAAAGCAGGAGUGCGUGCGUGCCCGGGGGCGGCGUGGGCGGCGCCGCGAGCUCCCGCGCCUCAGCGCUAUUUCCGGCUCCGGCCGGCGCAGCGCAGGCGCACCGGCGCCACGCGCGCUUCCCCAGACGGCCGCCAGAGCGUGCUGCACUUCCUCCUCGCAGCCCGGCUGCCCCCGGAGGCUACUGCUGA